CUUGGGUUAUAAUCCGGAAGUAAUUAUUUACAAGCUGUUUUCUGUAAUUUAAAAAAUGUCGCAACAAAUGUGUUCAUUUAAGGUGUUUUGAUGUAGUUUAACGGUAGAUAUGCCACGUUACUGUGCUGUUAAGCUUUGCCGAAACCGUGGGGGAACGGCAUCAAGACAAGACAACAAAAGAAUUAGCUUCUACCCUUUUCCCUUACAAGACAAGCCCAGGCUUCAGAGAUGGGUGGAUAACAUGAGGCGGGAAGAGUGGACCCCAAGUCGACAUCAGUAUCUCUGCAGUGAUCAUUUUACAGAAGACUGCUUUGAUAUUCGAUGGGGUAUCCGUUACUUGAAGAACACAGCUGUACCCACUAUUUUUCCUGCAGAUGAUCAUGAUGAUGAGAAGAGAUUUAGCACCAGUAGAAGAAGCCCCAUGGUCAAACCCAGCACUUCAGAGACUGACCCUGAGCUCAGAGAAUUUGAAUCUCCUCCCAGCAAGAGACCACUCAUUUUGAGGAAAGCUUGCAAAACAGUCCAACCAAAUGCAGACAAUACUGUUGCAGAACACUCAGAGGUGACAUUUGAACUCCCUCUGGUGCCAGAUGCCAGCAUCACUUGUCAAUCAAAUCUCCCAGAGAUAAAAACUACAGAGAUAACUAGUGACACUGAAGUGCCAACGGCAUCCUGCCUUGCACUGUCGCCACUCAGUGAAUCUCAUUCUGAAGAGCAGGCUGACUCGACCAUGGCUGUGUUGUGCUGCGACGCGCCGGGCCCUUUCUCCAGCCAGGAGGAAUAUAUGGGAACAGCUUCCCUCAAAGCUGCAAUGAGUCAUACUAUUCACUUUGUUCCUGUGGAAACAGUUAAGGAGAAACCCUCAAAUAUAUUUUUGGAGGACAACAGACCUAGUGAAGGAGAGCACAUUUCUGUUUACGAACACUCGUACUGUAGACCGGACACUGACAGAGAUCAGCUGUGGAACAAAAUCUUAUGUUUGCAUGCAAAGAUCUUGGAACUGGAUCGCAGGGAGGAGAGCACUGUAGCUAAAAUCCAUGCUCUGGAAAACGAGAUCGCCCUCCUGAGGAAGGAUGGUGCUGUUUUUAAAGAGAAGCAGAAAAUUUUAGAGGAUUACAUCUCAACUCUGUUGCUCUGAUAUUUGGGAUUAAGAUUAUGGAUGUGUAUGUAUUGUAAUUGUUUUCUUAAAUAAUGCACAGCUGAAAAAACUCAUUGUUCCAUAACAUGUCCACAUGGUGGCACUGUAUGAUCUAUAUGAUUUUUUUUUUUUCAGCUCUUUGCUGGAACAUUGCUUUUUCAUGCUUUUUAUCAGCUUACAGGUUUGUGCAAAAGUUUAUGAUAGUAUAGAUCUUAACAAAUUUCUAAUUUCAUCUUGCAACAUAACAAUCCAAACAAGCAGACCUAAUUCAUGACAUCAUCUUACCACUGACAUAAAGAAUGAAGAGUCCUGCUCCAGAUUAUCCCCAUUGACCCACCAUCUCAUUAUCAAGGGUAUGUAGGAGGUAUCUGAGAUUUUGUGUGAAUUUAAAUAAUAAAUAAAAAUGAUUAAUGACCUGAAAACACUUGGGGAGGGGACACUCUUAAUUCUGUUGCUGUGAAUGGUGAAGGUAGAUCAACAAUCUCCAUGGGGAAUAGGGUUAUUUUGUUUUUGUUUUAUAUUGUUAAAAAGUUCAUGCAAAAAUUAGCACAUGUCAAGUAAUUUGAGCUACUGGAUAAGUUUGAGGUUUAAGGUCUCAGACCCAGGUGUUAUGAACACUGACACUCCAAACUUCCUCUCUACAACCAGCUGCCUGUGGGCUCCUGAAGCAGCUGCUGUACAUUGACAAUUUAAUUAAUUGAUGUCAACAAAGCAGGCUAUAAGAAGAUAGCAAAGCCCUUUAAAGCAGCUGCUUCCUCAGUUCGUGAUGUAAUUAGGAAAUGGUUGUUUAAAGGAAUGAUGGAGGCCAAGCUGAGGUCUUGAAAAAUCUUUAGAAGGCUGUUCAUACCAAUGGUAGGAAGGCAAAUAAAGAAACACCAACUGCAGACCUUAGAAAAAUAAAUGUUCCACUGUCCAGUCAUGCAGGGCAUCCUCAGUCCACAAAAUUAUGCAUUAGAAGUUUGUAAAUGAACACCUAAAUAAAGCCUUUUUUAAAACAGCUUCCAUGGGUUGAUGAAGCUGAAAUAUAACUGCUGUAUUGCAAAGUAGAAGAGUUUUGGGAAAAGAUACCUUCUCCAGUUGUAAAGCAUGGGGGGGUGGAUGUGUCAUGCUUUGGAAUUCUGUUUCAGCAGGUGUAAUGAGGAAUGUUGCAUUAACAGAGAAAAGAAUGGACUCAUCAAAGUACAAGCAAACUAAAUUACCUCUGUGUUCAACAUGUAGACAGAUAUUAUUAAAGAAAAACUCACUAGAUCAUCUUCCCUUUUCUGUCAUUUAUCCCCCAAAAUAAAAAAAUAAUUCUACUAAAAGUAUGAAAGAGGUUUGCCACCUACAACUUUAAUGAGCUUCUGUUGCCAUAUUUUACAUGCAGCACCACAGACAAUAUUUUAAUUUUCACGCCUUACUGAAAUAAACUGCUGCUGUUUGUACUUUUAAACAAGAAUAAAUUAUGACGUAACAAUUUC